CUCUCCGUGUGUCCCAUGUGCAUCUUACUCGUAACAUGGUGGCCAUCGGUGCAUCAAACCAACGGUGGUGUUAGUGAUGCCUCCGGGGGUAUAUAUACGACGAGCGCUGCGGGGCUUGAUAAACACUUACCCAUCAGCGAUUACUGCUGCAGCAUGUACACGUCAUUGGUAGCCUUGAUCAUAUUAGCGGCCUGCGUCGCGGCAGCGCCCGCCGACGAGCCGAUACCGAUCAUCAGUCAAAGUCAGGAUGGUCCUAAUCCCGACGGAUCUUACAAAUGGAGCUACGAGACUGGUAACGGCAUCAAGGCUGAAGAGGAAGGUCAAUUGGAAAACGUCGGUUCCGAGAACGAGGCGAUGAGCGCACAGGGCGGUUUCAGCUACACCGGCGACGACGGCCAGCCGAUCUCGCUGACGUACAAGGCCGACGCCAAUGGCUUCCAGCCGGAGGGCGCGCACCUGCCCACCACACCGGAAAUCCCACCGUUGAUUAAGAAGGCUCUCGAGUGGAUCGCGGCGCAUCCGUCUAAGGAUGACGAGAACCAGGUGUAAAUCUACGACCGCUGUCCAUUAUGUGAUCUCACGACCUCACGUAAUUAUUCCGUAACACAAAAGAAUGGAAGACGAUCCACGAGAUGCUGAAUGAUGAGUAUCGCCGUCGCCGCCACCGCCCGCGUUGUCCUCGCCCUCGAAACGAACACGGACUGCUCUGAUUCAAAUUGUUGUAAAUAUUUAUUGUACGUUUACGAUAUUAUAUUUGUGCACAUAUUUUACUAUUCUAUUGUAUUAAUAUAUAAUAAUAUAUAUACAUAUGAGGAUACAAGCAUAUAUCGCGAUCGACUAUGUAAUGUCGUCAGGUUAUAUCACGGUGCAUUGAGAAUAAAUGUUGCAUCCCAGGAAAGACGUAUUCUAUUAAUACGCCUGAUCCUCCCGACGAAAUAUGCGAAAGUACUCGCGAGAUUCUGCCGGAGAUUCUCGAGCGUUUCUAGGAAGGAUGAGGGAAAGUUUACGAUUUGUGACUGUCACGUGAAUAAAAAAAUUUAUUUGCCUUUA